GAGGGAGACUGCCAGACAUAUCGAGACACACAAAAAGAAGCGACUCCUGGGCCAGUGCGAGGGACCGAGCCGCACCAUGACCGAGACCACCAAGACACACGUUAUCCUGCUUGCUUGCGGCAGCUUCAACCCCAUCACCAAAGGGCACAUUCAGAUGUUCGAAAGAGCCAGGGAUUAUCUGCACAAAACUGGGAGGUUUAUUGUGAUUGGCGGCAUUGUCUCUCCUGUCCACGACUCCUAUGGAAAGCAGGGCCUUGUGUCAAGCCGGCACCGUCUCAUCAUGUGUCAGCUGGCCGUCCAGAAUUCCGAUUGGAUCAGGGUGGAUCCCUGGGAGUGCUACCAGGACACCUGGCAGACGACCUGCAGUGUGCUGGAACACCAUCGGGACCUCAUGAAGAGGGUGACUGGCUGUAUCCUCUCGAAUGUCAACACACCCUCCAUGACGCCUGUGAUCGGGCAGCCCCAGAAUGAGACCCCCCAGCCCAUUUACCAGAACAGCAACGUGCCUGUGAAGCCCACUGCAGCCAAGAUCCUCGGGAAGGUGGGGGAAAGCCUCAGCAGGAUCUGCUGCGUCCGCCCACCUGUGGAGCGCUUCACCUUUGUGGAUGAGAAUGCCAACCUGGGCACAGUGAUGCGGUACGAGGAGAUCGAGCUGCGAAUCCUGCUUCUGUGUGGCAGUGACCUGCUGGAGUCCUUCUGCAUCCCAGGGCUGUGGAACGAGGCCGAUAUGGAGGUGAUUGUGGGGGACUUCGGGAUCGUGGUGGUGCCCCGGGAUGCAGCCGAUACAGACCGAAUCAUGAAUCACUCCUCCAUACUCCGCAAAUACAAGAACAACAUCAUGGUGGUGAAGGAUGACAUCAACCAUCCCAUGUCUGUUGUCAGCUCAACCAAGAGCAGGCUGGCCCUGCAGCAUGGGGAUGGCCAUGUGGUGGACUACCUGUCCCAGCCUGUCAUCGACUACAUUCUCAAGAGCCAGCUGUACAUCAACGCCUCGGGCUAGCGACCACACAGCCCCGCUCUCCACUCUCCCCAUGUCCUCUGCCAACACACUGGCCCCUCCAGUCUGUCAGUCCCCCUGUUUCUCUCCUGCCUCGCUGUUUCUCCAUCUCCUCAUCUUGACUGUUACCCCACUUGCUGACUCAACCCCCCACAGUGUGGGGACCUGCAGAGAACCACGGCAUACCAGAUUUCGCAGUCAUCUUUGGACAAACUUUCCUCUAGUCUCUGGGUUGGGGGUGGGUGAGGGAACAGGGUGGGAGUUGGGGGAAGAGCAGUCCUUGAAGAUGUGCCGGCGUCCGUCUCCCAGCAUGCUCUAGAGAGCAGCUCUGGUGCCCAUCCUCCCAGCAUGCUCUGGGGAGGCGGCUCUGGCUCUCGCCUUCCCAGCAUGCCCUUUACCACAAAGGGCUACUUUUCUUUCUUUUCUUGUCUUUUCUUUCUCUCUUUUAAUUUAAAAAAAAAUUGGUGUUGUUCACUCUUCAUAGAACUUGGAUGAAAUCAGUGUCCAUGGUUCUUUACAUAUGUCAUCUUGAUGCAUUCCUGUGGUAUCAUGUCCCUUAGGUAGGAUAGCGAAGCCUGCCUCGGCAACCAGUAAGCGCGUGGGGCCUACACCCAGUAAAGAAGGCUCAGCCACACACACUCUCCCAGGGGUCACACACACGGCAGCAGUGGUCUGGGGUCAGGAGUGAAACUUUCAUAUUCUGAAGCCUGACUGGGAAUAGUAGGGUUUCUUAGAAGGCUUUGUUUCCUUAGCUUCAGAAACCCAUUUUCUAGAGGAUGUGAGCCUGGAAUCACACAGAGACAGUCCGUCUUCAUUCCUUGUGGGGGUGUGACUGGUGGCAAAGAGAGGCAUCCCUGCCAGCCCAGGAAUUUCUAAGGAAACUUCAGCUCGCCAUGGAAACUCUUGGAGGCUGUACUUAGUCACAUUUCGGCAUCUGAGAAGAUUCACAUAGACAAGCCAAAUCCAAAUAACGUAGCCAUUUCUUAAAUAAAACAUGUUAGGAAUUCACUCAACCCUAGAGAUCUUUGCUAAUUGGAAUUAUUCAUUGCGCAUUUGGCCUGGAACCAUCUGUCAUAAUGCUAAGACUGGAUGACCUAGGAAAAAUAAUUUGUUGCCCUGUUGGGAACUGAUGAUUUCCUAGCAGUCAGUUCUUUCUUGGCUUUGUGUCUGAGGCUGGUCAUAUCUCCUGCUGAGCCCAGCACCCAGUCACUGUCUGUGGAAAUCUACCAGUCAGGGACAACACAAAACAGAGAUCUUGGAGGAAGAGAGGUCAUGAGCACCUAAACUGUUUCACCACUUUCCUCCCUAGUUUCUCAUUUACCUCUGCUGCCCGUGGAAACAAUUUUGACAGACUCUGUUCCAGUGCUUGAGGCCUCACACACCUCCUGCUCAGAGAGCCUAAAGGAAAUUAUGUUCUUGGGCGUUGGUCUCAUCUCCGUCUCUGGCUCUUGGUUUCUGGUUGUCUCUGAGGAAUGGCCCCUGAACAGAGGAUAAUUUUAUCAAAAUCUAGUGUCAGCUCUGGCCAGGAGUGGUCUGGUGAGAUCUGACACCAGGAAGUGUUCUUCACCCUCAAAUUUCAUAUCAGCGACAGCCUUCAGAAGUCUCCAGGGAGAGGAACUGGAGUCAACCCAAAAAUAUAGUAGAGCAGUGUGCCUGGAGCUGUCUUUCCUCCUAGGUGAGAGAAGUAAUCUCCAGGGGAGGGAAAAGAAGAGAUAGGAAUUCUUGGGUCUCAGAGUUUGCCUAAGGAUCAUGGAAUCAAUCACUUAUAGCAACCUUUAGAGAUUUGUUGACCCAGUAUUCUCCUUUAAAAGAUGAUGGAGCAGAGAUCCACCAGAUGAAAUGACUGGUCCAGGGUCACACAGCAGCAUAGAGCAUAGAGCUUGGCAAAGAAUGUCAUUUCCCUGAUCCCUAGGUAUUCACCCCACAAGGUCUUUUUCCACACAUUCCCAAUGGUGCUGGCCAGGUAACAUGGUUUCUACUCUUUGCAGCCUUAGGCACCUUCCUCUUAAAUGAUGCUUGUCAUUUAAGGUGCUCGCUACAUAUUACAUUGUGUGUCCUGGUCCUGAAGGAGGAUAUGAUGGUGAGGAAGGUUCUGGUUAGGUUUCCCUAAAAAAUCAAGAGAUCGCAAUGUCUUAGAGGAAAUCCCAGAAAAUGACCCUCUGAAUCCAAGAAAAGGUUGCUUUGUGGGAGGCUAAGAGAGACCCAGAAUGUUCUCAAGAUGACAUUAUUGUUGGAGAGAGAAAGACAGAAGAUAUUUGUUUAGGCAGAGCAGUCAUAAUCCAGGAAAUGAAACAAAGGAAAACAGGGAGCUGGGUUUCCUGGGGGAAACAUGGCAUUUUCAGAAAUAUGGAGUUUAUAGAAUGUCUGAGUGUCUGCAUGAGUAGAGCCAAGAAAGACCUCCUGGUCUUUCUUUGUCUCUUGGGUGCACUGUGUUACUCUGCUGGACUCUGUGAUCACUUAGUCUUCCACCCAUUAAAGGGAACUAGCUUGGCCUAUGUGCUCAGUGUGAGGUGAGAGGCAUAUAGGGGAGGACAGUGAGGAAGGAUGCUAAGCAAAAGAAUAAUAGAGGUAGGUUUUGCAGGAAUUAAAUGGGACAGACCCAAUCUUGGUGCGUCACAGGGAUCACAAUACAAUAGUUUUUCUUUAGUAAAGAAAAAAGUGAAUUCCCUUUGGGGUAGAAUGACUCAUUUCCCACCCCUCACAUUCUUCAUUUGCUAGGGGAGCUAGUCAGAGCCCCUCACUCAGCCCAGGGCAGGACAUUGUGGCUGUGGUCCAGCCAAGACCAAUGACAGGAAGAUGAUUCAGAGUAUGAAGUGGUGCCCAGAUGCUGGCAGAAGGAACCCCCCUCCCCCGCCCGCCAACUUCACCUCUCGGGCCCUGCUGCUUCUUACAAAGGCCAACUCAAGGCUGGCAAUGAUCAGAGAUCAUGACAAUGGCAUGGGCUGGAAAGGACAUCAGGAAGGGUCUGGAGCCUCAUUUCCUGCUUACCAAUGAAAAAUGUCCCUCCCAUUUUUUCUGAAAGUGGCUGAUAUGAGUAAGAACAGGCAGGAGGGAAGUUCUUUGUGUCAAUGACUCUCUCCUCAAGGAAUGGCCCUUUGUGAGGUCUGUCCUGCUAGCAGGUACCUCAUUCACCACCCCCUCAAGCCCAGACAGCCUCUGGGGCCUCCUUAUUUUCAUUUUCCUUGAAUGUACAUAGAACCUGGGGAGGGAAGUCUCUUACUAAAGUGCCUGAAACCCAGAGCUAGAGCUUCUAGAGACUCUAUUCUUCCUGUCUCAGCUUGGCCAGCCUCCCCCGCCCCCUCCCCCAACGUUCUCUAGUCUCAUGCUCCAGCUUCUCAGAAAGAAUCAAAGAACUUGCUAUUCUAAUUAAGUAGAAAGCGAGAUUCAAUAAGCAAAAGGCAGAGAAUUAGAAGGAGGAAACAACCUCUAUUUUAACAGCCCAAAUCUACUCUCCCAAAUGGAUACACACACCUUAGGGGACUAAGAGAAAGAAGCAUGUCAUGAUAUUUUAUCAAGAAAGUAAUGCAAAAAUAACUCAGUAGAAUAUGAAAAGCUCAGGAUCUCUCCGAAGGUUACUGCAGCAAGGCUGACAAGUGAGAUGGAAAGGAUGGAAACAGACCAAUUUUGUAGAUCAUUAGUACACCUUAGGAGUAGCAUUGUGGUAAUGAUAAUGAGUAUGUGCUGUCCAGUUCAUCUGUCUGCACCUUCCUUAGCUGCCCAGUAAACUCACCUUUUCACGUGGUUUCCUUGUCGUGCAAGUUCAGAGUGUCCUUUUGACAGAUUCCAGUUGGUCGGGAAUGAGUUACACUUUCCCUCCUCCUUUGUAGUCUAGGUCCAGGACCCAGAACUCAGCUUGAUCCAAGCGGUCUCAAGGAUUGGCAGGGGAGGGGGGAAGCUUUUUUAAAUCACUUUUUAGUCAUUGAAUCUGCCAUUUUAAGUGUAAGAUUUGCUUUAUGGAAAUCAAUUCAUUAAUAAAAAAUUAAAGUUGCA